AAUUGACAUUGACAAUUGGACAUCCAAACAAUCAAAUUUAUAUGCAAACACUGAAAAUGAAAGUGAAAAAAUAAUCAAUACAAAAUGACCGAAAGCUUAAUGCAAGAAACAAAGAACUGAUUCAGGGAGCGAUAAAAAUUACCAAUUGCAAAAUAAAAUGGGUCUGGUCAAUAGUAAAGACUUCCUAAAAAAGAAGGUCGAUGAGGCCACAAGUAACUCAAGUUUAUCAAAUCUACGUUACGUAAUAACCGAGAAACCGAAAUGGAAAGUUUUCAAGAAGAGAGAAGCUGUAGCAAUCCCGGCGUACACAGCCUUGAAGCCUUUGAAAGGUUGUCCGUGUGGUAACAGCGGUCCUUGCAAACAAAAAGUCACGCCCAAAGGAGUCACAAUACAUUAUCCGCAGAAAAAAAAGAAAUUUUCCGCAUUCGGCACAAAAUCUAGACGGAACAUACCGGGGAAAACUGAAAAAGGACCAUACGCACCAAAUCAAAGGGUCACUCCCAAUGUCAAAGUGAUUCGACCUAGAAAAUUCCCUACGUGGAGACUCGAUAAGAUUUCUUAUAACACCUACAGAACACCAGUCAUUACUCCGAGGACGUAUCGUUAAUUUUGAAUGCCUUUUUGUAAUUUAAAGUGAUAUUGUACUGAAUAUUAAAAAGAGUCUAAUAAUGUUUUUACUUUCAAAGCCAAUGAAAUAUAUAACAUUAAAAGUU